AUGGCGCCAUCAUUCAUUGGCAUGUCCGGCAGGCCCCUGGGCUUGACCGUGUCGACCAUCGCAACCAUGGGUUUCUUGCUCUUCGGUUAUGAUCAGGGUGUCAUGUCUGGUAUCAUUGAUUCCAAGCCCUUUGCCGAUAUUCUUCCCAUCACCGACGGAAACUCCACCAUGCAGGCCCUGGUGACAGCCGUCUAUGAAUUGGGCUGUCUCGCAGGUGCCAUGUACGCGUUGUUCGCCGGUGACAAGAUGGGCCGUCGUCUUAUGAUCAUCUGGGGAGCCAUCGUCAUGAUUAUCGGUGUCGUUAUUCAGGUUGCCGCCGUCAAAGGUCACGGUGCUACCGCUCAAUUCUUCGUUGGCCGUAUCGUCACUGGUAUUGGAAACGGAAUGAACACUUCAACCAUCCCUACCUACCAGGCCGAGUGUUCGCGCUCUUCCAACCGUGGACUGCUCAUCUGUAUCGAAGGUGGUAUCAUUGCUAUCGGUACUAUGAUUGCCUACUGGAUUGACUUCGGUGCCUCUUACGGUCCUGAUGACCUGGCCUGGCGAUUCCCCAUCGCUUUCCAGGUCGUCUUCGGUGUCGUGAUUGUCAUUGGAAUGUACUACUUGCCUGACUCUCCUCGCUACCUCAUCGCCCAGGGUAAGGUCCACGAGGGCGAGUAUGUCCUGGCUGCUCUCGGUGGCUACGAAAUCGACUCCCAUGAGACUCAGAUGCAGAAGCAGCUCGUUAUCGAGUCCAUCGAGGCUGCCGGUGUUGCCGAUGGCGCUGGAUACUCCGACCUUCUCACCGGCGGAAAGACCCAGCACCUCCGCCGCAUGCUUAUCGGAUCUUCCUCUCAGAUCGCCCAGCAGCUGUCCGGUUGCAACGCUGUCAUCUACUAUCUUCCCGUUCUUCUCAAGCAGUCUCUCGGUCAAGACCACUUCAUGUCCAUGAUCAUCGGUGGUGUUAACAUGAUCGUGUACGCCAUCUUCGCCACAUUCUCCUGGUUCUUCAUCGAGAAGAUUGGUCGUCGCAAGCUCUUUAUCGGUGGUAUGACCGGUCAGAUGGUUUCCAUGAUCAUCGUGUUCGGCUGUCUGAUCCCCGGCACUCCCGGACCUUCCAAGGGUGCCGUCUUCGGUCUCUUCCUCUACAUGUCCUUCUUCGGUGCUUCCAUCCUGCCUCUUCCCUGGUUGUACCCGGCUGAGAUUUCACCUCUUCGCACUCGUGCCAAGGCCAACGCUGUCUCCACUUGCUCUAACUGGCUGUUCAACUUCACUGUUGUCAUGAUCACUCCUGUCAUGAUUGCUAGCAUCAACUGGCGCACCUACCUGUUCUUCGCUAUCAUGAACGCCGUCUUCAUCCCUCCCAUGAUUCUCUUCUACCCUGAGACUGCUGGUCGCUCUCUUGAGGAGAUCGAUCUCAUCUUCGCCAAGGGUUACUGCGAGAACAUGAGCUACGUGAAGGCUGCCUAUGAGUUGCCUAAGCUCACUGAUGAAGAGAUCGAGGCCAAGGCCGCCGAGUAUGGCUUUGAGACCAGCCGUCGCCACGGCGACGUUGAGGGUGCUGGCGCCGAGAAGGGAUCCCCUCGCAGCACUUCCAGCGAUGGCAAGGAGAACCACGAGGACAUUGAAAACUCUCGCUAG